AUGCAUCCCGCCACCUCCCCCGCGCUCUCUCCGUCCACCGCUGCUGCUGCCUCUGCACAUCAUUCACCUGUGCAACCAUUCAUCGGCUUCGUGGACACCACCACUGAUGCCCUUCGUCUCAUCAUGGCCGCCCGGCAAGGCGUUAUCCCACGCAUUACCCGCCGCCUCAACGAUGCUGAGAGGAGGUCCAUGAUCAGAAGCGGGACGGUAUUCGUGUUCUCGGUAGAGGAAAGUGGUAUUAGGCGUUGGACUGAAGGCCUGUCUUGGUCUCCAUCCCGGAUAGUUGGGAAUUUCUUGGUGUAUCGCGAGGUCACAGAACGUGGCAGCAGUCGCAUUGCCCCAGAGAGACGAGCCACGCCUUCGACCGCAUCGGCCUCGGCCUCGAACUCGCCUGUUCAGCGUCAUCGAAGCAGAUCGGAGACCAGCGUUGGGAGGUCCGUUGAGGCAGUGGCCGCAAUGAAGCCCAAUGGCCUUACUAAAAAGACUAUCACCGUCAAAGUGGAUGGCACAGAUCACCACCUCGUCUCCUACUAUCGCGAGGAAGAUGUCCACCAUGGACGACUUCAAAGACCGACAAGCAGGCAGGAUAUCAUGGACAUCAACAUUCCACCGGAGAUGGUGCGUGCGACGAACUUUCGUCACCCACCCCAUAUCGAGAUUGGUGCAGACGGCCGAGCACAUAUGUAUGUCCCGUCUCCAUAUCCUCCUUCUGGAUUAUCGAUGGCAGGACCCUGGAUCGCGUACUGA